AUGAUGACGAGCAGCAGGAGGCCCGCCAAUAUCCCGCUCCACAACCUCGCCUCUGUAGCACGUCCACGAGACCAAGAUUCCGCUUAUCUGCUCGACGACCACGAUAAGGAGAGUGCGCGGUCCUCCUUCGACACCCCGUCCGACGACUCGGACCUCUCCAUCUGGACCGACACUGGUGACUUGGUCGACCAGCUAGCGGACCGCGAAGACCCCCUCAGCCGACGACUGCGGGAUUCGCUCGAGGACGGCCAUCCCUCCAAACCUCGCCGACACCAAAAGCGGGCUCGUUUCGCAUCGCAAGAUCUCGAAAAGAGCUCCCGCGGCAUCCGCCUGGAAGACAUUGAAAUCCCCGAUCCUGGUCCACGAACAAUAAGUAAAGCUGAGAAGCUUCUCGCCGCUAUCAUGGCACCCAACGAUAGGCCCUCCCGUAUUCACGGGUUACACGGGAAGAAGCUCAUCUACUUUACAAGUAUCUUCGUCUCUUUAGGCGUGUUCCUGUUUGGUUACGACCAAGGAGUCAUGUCCGGUAUCAUCACAGGCAUAUACUUCAAGGACUACUUCAACCAGCCCUCAGCCGCCGAGCUGGGCACAAUGGUGGCCAUUCUAGAAGUCGGCGCCUUCAUCUCCUCGCUCGUUGUCGGUCGCAUCGGUGAUGUUUUGGGAAGACGUAAGACUAUUCUAUACGGAUCGCUCAUCUUCGUAGUUGGUGGAGCGCUCCAGACCUUUGCCACUGGCAUCCCCAUGAUGCUGCUUGGGCGAGUCAUUGCUGGUCUCGGUGUUGGAACGCUGUCCACCAUUGUGCCAGUAUACCAGUCCGAAAUCUCCCCGCCCCACAAUCGUGGACGCAUGGGCUGCAUUGAAUUCACAGGUAACAUUUCUGGCUACGCUGUCAGUGUAUGGGUCGACUACUUUUGCACAUACAUCAAAAAUGACUGGUCGUGGAGAGUUCCGCUCUUCAUGCAGUGCAUCAUGGGUCUUCUUCUGGCUGCCGGCAGCUUGCUCAUUUGUGAAUCUCCAAGAUGGCUUUUGGACAAUGACCACGAUGAGGAAGGUAUUGUGGUUAUUGCCAACCUGUACGGAAAGGGCGACAUUCACAACCCCAAGGCUCGAGAUGAAUACCGUGAGAUCAAGAUGAACGUUUUGCUCCAACGCCAAGAAGGUGAACGCUCAUACUCGGACAUGUUCAAGCGAUACUCCAAACGCGUCUUUAUUGCCAUGUCCGCCCAAGCCCUCGCGCAACUCAACGGCAUCAACGUCAUCUCAUACUAUGCACCGCUCGUCUUUGAAGAGGCUGGCUGGUACGGUCGCCAAGCCAUUCUGAUGACUGGUAUCAACGCCAUUACAUAUUUGCUGUCUACCAUUCCUCCGUGGUACAUUGUGGAUUCGCUGGGUCGCCGAAAGAUUCUUCUCUCUGGAGCGCUCAUGAUGAUGGUUUCACUAUCCGCCAUUUCCUACUUCAUCUUCCUGCAGGCGUCCUGGACACCCAACAUGGUCGUCAUGUUUGUCAUGAUCUACAAUGCCGCGUUUGGAUACUCAUGGGGCCCUAUCCCGUGGCUGUACCCACCGGAGAUUCUGCCCCUCAGCAUUCGUGCCAAGGGUGCCAGUCUGAGUACCGCGACCAACUGGGCCUUCAACUGGCUCGUCGGUGAAAUGACGCCCAUCCUGCAAGAGCACAUCCAGUGGCGAUUGUACUUGAUCCACGCCUUUUUCUGUGCUGUUAGUUUCGUUAUUGUGUACUUCAUCUACCCUGAAACCGCCAACGUUCGUUUGGAAGAUAUGAACUCGCUCUUUGGAGACGCUACCUCAGUUAUGCCUACCCCAGAGACGCUCGCGCAAGCCGAAUCCCUGUUCAGUGGCGAAGGUCGUGGCUCGCCUGUCCCAUCGCUCGAUAUCCGAGGCGCACGCCGUGCUCAAGACGAGGCAAUCCCAGGACUCAACAUCGAUCCUCCCGAUAUCGAAAGCGGCAGCAAGGACAUGUCCAAGGCUGGCGCGGACAACGGCGAGGGAAUUGGUGGCUGGAUCAGCAAUAUGGUCAAGAGAACAAAAAGCAAUGGUGAAGGUGAUAGCUCAGGCGGAAAGUACAAGCAGGUGGGCCAGAACGAGGACUAGACGACGGUGGUUUAUGUUGACGAUAUUGCAUUUCCAUUCACAUCUGCAUCGCCUUGCACAGACGACGGAAGUACAUUUCACUAUUCACGAGCCCAUGGCCCAACGAGCGAGAUUUUAGGGUUGAUAGAGUGCGCAGAGCAUUUCCGAGGCGUUUCUUGUACGAGUGUUGGUUUAUUUUUAGAAGACUUGUCUUGUACGAUAGACGGCAACAUACGCUCCUUUUCUUCGGUCUUCGGCAUCAUGUCGUAUAUCGGUGCCGUGCCGCGCAUGUCAGACCCUUGUUACAGCAAUCUUACGUGGGCACAGAACCCUCUACCA